UUGCUUCGACUCUCUCUCUCUCUCUCUCUCAAAUUUCUUUCUGCAUUUUCUGAAAAGAGGGAGGAAACACAAGACAACAAUGAGAAAACCAUGCUGUGAUAAAGAAGGCACCAACAAGGGCGCUUGGUCCAAGCAAGAAGACCAAAAGCUCAUCGAUUACAUCCGAACCCACGGCGAAGGCUGCUGGCGUUCCCUCCCCAAGGCUGCAGGGUUGGAUCGCUGUGGCAAAAGUUGUAGGCUAAGAUGGAUAAACUAUCUCCGGCCAGAUAUCAAACGUGGAAACUUUGGUCAAGACGAGGAGGAUCUCAUCAUCAAGCUCCAUGCCCUCCUAGGCAAUCGGUGGUCUCUGAUAGCCGGAAGGCUACCGGGACGGACAGACAACGAGGUAAAGAACUACUGGAACUCUCACAUCCGGCGAAAGCUAAUAAGCAUGGGGAUUGAUCCAAACAACCAUAGACUAAACCAGAUUCCGCUCCGGCCGCCACCCAAGUGCGACGUUUCUGCAUCCGCAACGUCCUCUGAGUCGACUAAUAACGAGUGCAAGCCAUCGCCACCGCCACAGCCGCAGCCGCAGCCGUUGAAACCCUCUGUCAAUAAAACGACCGAUAGGGUUUCUGACUCUUUGGACUUGAAUCUUGAUCUCACAAUUGCAUUUCCUUCUCCUCCGGCCACCUCCGCGGAAGAGAAGCGACGAGUUUCAAAGACCAGGAUGACAAAGCAAGUGGAAAGUAGUGAGCCUGUUCCUACCCUCCUCCUCUUUUAGACAACGACGAAUUCUUAGAUCAAAUGAUAUCAUCUUCUUACUUGCCUAUCCUGGAAUCGGAGAAAGCAAGAAUGUUCAUAAGUGCGAACUGUUUGGAUGGAGAAAUUUUUUUUUUUUAUCUUGGUACCGGCAAACAGCAGCGCAUUAAUUAAUACAACCAGACGUGGGCGGCCAAACCGCCGAUCAUAUCAAGUUUAUGGAUGAAAUCUAUUUGUUUGAAUAUAUAUAUAUAUUUAUAUAUAUUACUUUUGUGUAAUCUUUCAGACUGUACAGGUCAGAAGAAUAGCAUAUAAAUGGGAGAUGGAGUACGUACGAGUCCAAUCAACAAAAAGAAAAUUGAUGACGGGUCUUUUCAUUUGUAUUCCAGAGGCUCCAAACUAAUGUAGGAUGAUCUUGGGAUUAUGGUGCAUAUGUAUAUGUUAUUCUGUAGCACUACUACUCGUGAUUGAUAAUAUAUAUUUAUAUUUAUGUUUCAA